CUCGUAAGAUGCGAAGAUCAGUUCCCUUGGAUAAAGCUAGUAAAAUUUCCGAAGAUUAAGCAGCGCGUCUCUUAAAUCUUCGCAGUUUGCAGCGAACCUCGCUUCCGUCUUCUCGUUUUUUAUUUAUUGAAAUCUUCAAAUCUGUGAGAUUUACCGCAGAAGCGAAGAUUUUGAAGUCCAGUCGCCCCACGCGGUAGAUCUUUGCCUCCAGGUUUCUCUAAUCGGGUGCUGACAAGAAAUAUUUUUUUUUUUACGUAAUAAGGUGUGAAGAAAUACGAUUUUCUUAUACGGUUCCGUUCAAGCGAUUCUCUGCACGAUCUGAGCCAGUUUCUAUCUAAUUUGGGGCAUUACAAGAAGCGUUUUUACCUAAAUCUAGGGUUUCGUGGGCGCCGAAUCGAUGAAUUUUGGAACGAGAAUGAGAGACAAGAUGUGGUUUUCUGUAUGGGUUCUGUUUCUGUUUGGAUCGUGUUGCGGAAGAUUUGUGGUGGAGAAGAAUAGCUUGAGGGUGACUUCGCCGGACGCUUUGAAAGGGGUUUAUGAAUGCGCUAUUGGGAAUUUCGGCAUCCCUCAAUAUGGAGGGACAAUGGUGGGAUUUGUGGCUUAUCCGAAAUCAAAUCGGAAAGCAUGCAAGAGCUUUGACGAGUUUGAUAUUUCUUAUAAAUCCAAGCCUGGAGGGUUUCCUACGUUUCUUCUGGUUGAUAGAGGAGAUUGCUAUUUUACAACAAAAGCUUGGAAUUCACAGAAAGCAGGAGCUGCUGCAAUCAUUGUUGUUGAUGACAAAGAGGAACCUUUGAUCACAAUGGACAUGCCUGAAGAAGAUAGUGGUCGGGGUGAUUAUUUACCAAAUAUAUCAAUACCAUCUGCACUUAUAAACCAAAGCUUUGGGGAUAGACUUAAGAAAUCACUAGAGAAUGGCGACAUGGUUAACGUCAAUUUGGACUGGAGGGAAUCUUUACCUCAUCCUGAUGACCGUGUGGAGUAUGAGUUUUGGACAAACAGCAAUGAUGAAUGUGGACCUAAAUGUGAUGGCCAAAUAGAUUUUGUUAAGGCUUUUAAAGGUGUUGCACAAAUACUGGAGAAAAAGGGUUACGCUCAGUUCACGCCUCAUUAUAUUACUUGGUAUUGCCCUGAAGUUUUUACUUUAAGCAAGCAGUGCAAAUCACAAUGCAUCAACCAUGGAAGAUACUGUGCUCCUGAUCCUGAACAAGACUUCAGUAUAGGAUAUGAUGGGAGGGAUGUUGUGAUCCAAAAUCUUCGACAGGUCUGCUUGUUUAAGGUUGCCAAUGAAAGUGGAAAGCCUUGGUUGUGGUGGGAUUAUGUGUCUGACUUCUCCAUUAGGUGUCCAAUGAAGGAUAAGAAAUACACCAAGGAAUGUGCUGAAGACGUGAUCAAAUCACUGGGUGUUGAUCUGAAGAUGAUAAAUGAUUGUAUUGGAGAUCCUGAGGCUGAUGAAGACAAUCCUAUACUAAAGGCUGAACAAGAUGCUCAGAUUGGCAAAGACUCCCGUGGGGAUGUUACUAUCCUGCCCACACUACUGAUUAACAACAGACAGUACAGAGGGAAGUUGGACAAGAGUGCAGUGCUUAAAGCAAUCUGUGCAGGAUUUCUUGAGAAAACAGAGCCAGCCGUGUGUCUUACUGAAGACAUCCAGACAAAUGAAUGUUUGGAAAACAAUGGUGGGUGUUGGCGAGACCAGGCUGCCAAUGUUACUGCUUGCAAGGAUACGUUCCGUGGAAGAUUAUGUGAAUGCCCAAUUGUAAAUGGUGUUAAGUUUGUCGGCGAUGGGUAUACUCAUUGUGAAGCUUCUGGAUCUGGACGGUGUGAAAUUAAUAAUGGAGGGUGUUGGAAAGAAAGUCGGGAUAGCAUGUCAUUUUCUGCCUGUUCUGACACUGAAGCCAAUGGAUGUAAGUGCCCCCCAGGCUUCAAGGGUGAUGGAGUUCACGCGUGUGAAGAUGUGAAUGAAUGCAAAGAGAAGAUUGCUUGCCAAUGCCGAGACUGCAAAUGUAAAAACACUUGGGGAAGCUACGAAUGCAGCUGCCGUGGUGAUCUUCUAUAUAUGGAAAAGCACGAUACUUGUAUAAGUAAGAACGCAUCAAAAGAGAUUAGCUGGAGCUUCUUGUGGGUUAUUUUUCUUGGCUUGGCUGCUGCUGGAAUUGGAGGAUAUGCAGUCUAUAAGUACAGGAUCAGGAGUUAUAUGGACUCCGAGAUUCGGGCAAUAAUGGCACAAUACAUGCCAUUGGACAAUCAAGGAGAAGCACCAACCAAUCAUAUCCACCAUCCUGAUAUUUGAAUGAUAGAUACAUAAAGAGAGAUAGAGAGAGAAAAACUUCAUUGGAUAUUAAUGUAAUGUACCUUUACCACGUGUAAAGUUUAUUUAUAAUGAUAAUGUAUAUUUUGAAAUAGGUUAAUCUUUGUUGGGUUUAAUGUUAAUUAAAUGGUAAUGUGCAGUAAUAGAAUAAUGAUGGAUUAUCUGAGGUUAUGAUAUAAUGGAAGUUUUUUUAAUAGUCA